ACCUGACACGGCCCGGCCCGACGACCCGCGCCACCGAAAACCCACCCAAAUCCCCGGCCGCCGCCGCCCGCCCGCACCCCCCGCCGGCCUUGAUGCGCCUCUGCUCCAAGCUCGCCGCGCUGCUCCGGAGGUCCCGCCCGUUCGCCGCUGCCACCGCCGCCGCGUCCGUCUCCACGACCGCCACCGCCGCCGCGGCCGCCAACGGGAUGGAGGAGGCGGCCGCGGGCCCGCUGCACACGCGCGUGUGCAUCAUUGGGAGCGGCCCCGCCGCGCACACGGCGGCCGUCUACGCGGCGCGCGCCGAGCUCAAGCCCGUGCUCUUCGAGGGCUGGCUCGCCAACGACAUCGCGGCGGGCGGGCAGCUCACCACCACCACCGACGUCGAGAACUUCCCCGGCUUCCCCGACGGCAUCCUCGGCAUCGACCUCAUGGACCGCUGCCGCGCGCAGUCCGUGCGCUUCGGGACCAAGAUCUUCUCCGAGACCGUCACCUCCGUCGACUUCUCCUCCCGCCCCUUCCGCGUCACCUCCGACGACACCGUCGUCCACGCCGACUCCGUCGUCGUCGCCACGGGCGCCGUCGCCCGCCGCCUCCAUUUCGCCGGCUCCGACGCGUUCUGGAACCGUGGGAUCUCCGCCUGCGCCGUCUGCGACGGUGCCGCGCCCAUCUUCCGGAACAAGCCCAUCGCCGUCGUCGGUGGCGGGGACUCUGCCAUGGAGGAGGCCAACUUCCUCACCAAGUACGGCUCGCGCGUCUACAUCAUCCACCGCCGCGACGCCUUCCGCGCCUCCAAGAUCAUGCAGGCACGGGCUCUCUCCAACCCCAAAAUCCAGGUCGUGUGGGACUCCGAGGUCGUUGAGGCCUACGGCGGCUCGGACGGCGGCCCCUUGGGCGGCGUCAAGGUCAAAAACCUGGUGACCGGCGAGGUAUCCGACUUCCAGGUGGCCGGGCUCUUCUUUGCCAUUGGGCACGAGCCAGCUACCAAGUUUCUCGCCGGACAGCUCGAGCUCGACUCCGAUGGGUACGUGGCCACCAAGCCGGGCUCCACGCACACCAGUGUGAAGGGGGUCUUCGCUGCCGGGGACGUUCAGGACAAGAAGUACCGCCAGGCCAUUACUGCCGCAGGAUCAGGUUGUAUGGCUGCUUUGGACGCGGAGCACUACCUGCAGGAGGUUGGCGCACAGGAAGGGAAGACUGAUUGACUAUAUGUGGGGAAAGCAGAUGGUAGUUCUACGAAAAUUUCAUUGGUGCCAAAAUCUGCACUCUGAGGCGCAAUUGUGAUGAAUCGUGUCAGCUCCUCAAAAUCAGCAGAUUGUUAUUGUUUUUAGGCCGCAAGUAUAUGAUACGCUGUUGGAAAUUUAUUCCUGUGGAUGGUCAAGUUGUGCUGGUGUUUUCGCAUUCAAAAUAUCUGAAUGACAAGACGAAUUUGUGAAUCCUGAUUACUGUCUCCUUCCUGUGGAUGGAAGGAACAUUUAAACUCUAUUAGGCCAAUUUCGUUCUUUGAGAUCAUACUCCUUUGGAUUGGAAUAUAAGUCGGGCAUCGGAUUUUUGGUUCUU